AUGGCAACAUACAAGAAGACUCAAAUCGCAAAGCCAAAGAGAAGAACUGAACUCACUGAAGAACAAAAACAAGAGAUCAAGGAAGCCUUCGACCUCUUCGAUACUGAUGGCAGCGGCACCAUUGAUGCCAAGGAACUUAAAGUUGCCAUGAGAGCUCUAGGUUUCGAGCCAAAGAAAGAGGAAAUUAGAAAAAUGAUUGCUGAUGUAGAUAAGGAUGGCUCAGGUGUCAUCGACUUUACUGAAUUCCUAGAUAUGAUGACAGUUAAAAUGGCAGAAAGAGAUCCAAGAGAGGAGAUGCUGAAAGCCUUCAGACUAUUUGAUGAUGAUGAAACUGGAAAGAUUUCAUUCAAGAACUUAAAGAGAGUGGCUAAGGAACUCGGUGAGAACAUGACCGACGAGGAAAUCUAAGAAAUGAUUGACGAGGCUGAUAGAGAUGGAGAUGGAGAAAUCAGUGAGGAGGAGUUCAUGAGAAUUAUGAAAAAGACCAACUUGUUCUGA